AUGUCCCUUUUAAAGUUGAAGCAAAGUGAUGACAAAGACAAGUACUCAGUUGUAACGAAGGUCAGAGAACGAUGUGUCUUCAAGUGCUCGUUUGCUCACACCAAGUCGGUGUGUUCGGAGGAGUUCCUCGAGAACGUGGCGGCCAACUCCACCUUCUCCAAGAGCUACACCGUCACCCCCCUUCUGAGCAACAACCGCGAGAAGCGGGGCCUGGCCCUCGACGGGAAGCUCAAGCACGAGGACACCAACCUGGCCUCCACCACCGUCCUGAGACCUGGGAUGGACAAAGAAGUUCUGGGGAUCCUGGUUUCCUACAAAGUGAAGGUCAACCUGAUGGUCUCCAGAGGCGGCAUCCUCGGAGAUCUCACAUCCAGUGACGUUGGAGUGGAGGUGCCCGUCAUCCUGAUGCACCCGAAGCCAACCGACAGUGAGUAAUCAGCACAUAAAAGAGGGAGAAGAAAUCAAACUC